GCUGUAGAAAUCGUGUUUCCGGUCCGUGGUGACAACUGCAUCUGUGAUGAAGAGUCCAGUUCAUCACUUUACACAGUGACACAGUUUGGUCUUUUUGUGGCAUGUAGAUCUUCUCACCGUCCGAGGGAAUAUGCAGAUCCUCACUCCUCAUGUUUACUGGGCCCAGCGACACGGAGAGAUCUUCCUCCGGGUGGAACUAAGCGAUGCUAAGAACCUCAACAUCUGGCUCCAGGAAAACACCCUGCAGUUCAGCGCACAGGGACACGGAGCCAAGGGAGAUAAUGAAUACAUGUUCAGUCUGGAGUUUCUGGAACCUGUCAGACCUGAGAUCAACCAUAAAUCCACGCAGCGGCAGGUGGACAUCAAGGUGAAGAAGCAGGUGGAGCGCUGGUGGGACCGACUCACGCUGCAGGAGAAGAAACCUGUGUUCCUGGCACCGGACUUCGACCGCUGGUUGGACGAGUCCGACGCCGAGAUGGAGCUGCAGGCCAAGGAGGAGGAGAAGAUCAACAGGAUAAACGUGGAGUCCAGAGUUCGUAAAGACCCCUACCUGGGCCUGAAGAAGGGCUACCUGUUCAUGUACAACCUGGUCCAGUUCCUGGGAUUCUCCUGGAUCUUUGUCAACAUGACGGUUCGACUCUUCAUCCUCGGUCAAGAUUCCUUCUAUGAUACGUUCCACACCACGGCCGACAUGAUGUACUUCUGUCAGAUGAUGGCCGUGCUGGAGGUCAUUAACCCCUUGUUGGGUCUGGUUAGGACCGGGUUCUUUCCUGCUCUGAUUCAGGUCACAGGGAGGAACGUCAUCCUGUUCGUCAUCUUCGGCAGCUUGGAGGAGAUGCAGAACCAACCCGCGGUCUUCUUCGUGUUCUACCUGUGGAGCUCCAUCGAGAUCUUCAGGUAUCCUUUCUACAUGUUGGCCUGCAUCGGCACUGAGUGGAAGCUGUUGACGUGGCUCAGAUACAGCCUGUGGAUCCCCCUGUACCCACUAGGGACUAUAUCUGAAGCCGUGGCGGUGAUCCAGUCUUUACCCAUCUUUGAUGAGACCCGUCGUUUCAGCCUCCCCCUGCCGGCGGCUCUGGGUCAGUCUUUAAGCUUCUCCUACAUCCUGCAGAUCUACCUGGUCCUCAUGUUUCUGGGACUCUUCAUUAAUUUCCGACAUCUGUACAAGCAGCGGAGGAGACGCUACCGCUCCAGGAAAAGGAAAGUCCAGUAACUGUCCAGGAUGUUGACUUUGCACAUACAGAAGCAGCUGGUUUGUUCUCCUUUUUUGGCCUUUUUUUUCUUUUUUUUUUUUUUUUUUUGGUUUUCCUACAAACACCCAGUCCAAACCUGAAGUGAAUCCUAAACUUAAAGGGUACGUCCUCAUUCCCUGAAGUGCAUCCAUGGUUCAGGUAGAGAUGAAAGGUAAAGAUGUGAUGAGGACUGGACCGAGGAGGAGCGAUUUCACACAAAUGAGACGUUUUGUCCUCUGAAGUGACGUGUCUGUCCGCUUUAACUGCUGUGUUUUUCUGGAUUUAACACAUAAACACUGUCUGACCUGCAUCUACAUGUGAAGUAAAACCUCUCUAACAUCUGCCUGGUUCCAGUGAGCUACGUUUGGGUUAAGUUUACGUUUGAGCCGCAGUUAAUAUUCCAUUUCAAAUGAAGUCUAAUCCAGUCAGGUCCAUACGUAUGUGGACAGAAUGUUGUCUCCGUUUUACACCACAGUGGAUCUGAAAUGAACCAAUGCAGAUGUGACUGAAGUGUGGACUUUGAGCUUUAAUUCAAGGGGUUUAAGAACAUUAUUGCACUAACCAUUAAGGAAUUAGAACCAUUUUAACUCAAAAUACACAGCUGUGUGUUGAAGUCCACAAGGAAGAAGAUACAGACACGGAGACAUGGUGUCAUUAAAACAGAAACACUAAAACUACAGAAGAGGGUUAAGGCCGCUGGAGAGAAAAAAUUAAGGUCCAACCCAAAAAAGUCAGAAUUCUGAGAAGAAAGUCAGAAUUCUAAGAAGAAAGUCAGGAUUCUGAGAUUAAAGUCGGAAUUCUUAGAAAAAAGUCGGAAUUCUAAGAA